AUGGCAGCACUGCAGGAGAAAAAGUCAUGCAGCCAACGGAUGGAGGAAUUCCAACACUACUGCUGGAACCCAGACACGGGGCAGCUGUUGGGCCGGACCCUGUCCCGGUGGGUGUGGAUCAGCCUCUACUACGUGGCCUUCUACGUGGUGAUGACCGGACUCUUCGCUCUGUGCAUCUACUCGCUGAUGUGUACGCUGGACCCAUACACACCGGACUACCAAGACCGGCUCAAGUCACCAGGGGUGACCUUGAGGCCAGAUGUCUAUGGGGAGAAAGGCCUGGACAUUUCCUACAAUAUCUCUGAUAACAAGACCUGGACGGACCUGGUGCACACCCUCCACGACUUCCUGGCAGGCUACUCACCAGAGGCCCAAGAGGACAACAUAAACUGUACCUCUGAGAAGGUAUUCAUCCAGGAAAGCUUCAGGGCCCCUAACCACACCAAGUUCUCCUGCAAGUUCACAACAGACAUGCUGCAAAACUGCUCAGGCCUUGUGGAUCCCAACUUCGGCUUUGCGGAGGGAAAGCCAUGUUUUAUUAUUAAAAUGAACAGGAUCGUCAGGUUUCUCCCCAGCAAUAAAACGGCCCCCAGGGUGGACUGCACCUUCCUGGACCAGCAUGACAAGGACAGCCAGCCCCUACAGGUGGAGUACUACCCGCCCAACGGCACCUUCAGUCUCCACUACUUCCCUUACUACGGGAAGAAAGCGCAGCCCCACUAUAGCAACCCUUUAGUCGCAGCAAAGCUUCUCAAUGUCCCCGGGAACACGGAAGUUGUCAUCGUGUGCAAGAUCCUGGCGGAGCAUGUGACCUUUGACAACCCCCACGAUCCCUAUGAAGGGAAAGUGGAGUUUAAGCUUAAAAUUGAGAAGUAA